AUGACCUGGAGCUGGCCGCCCCCGUCCCUCCCCUCCCUGUCGAGGAGAGAGGACGCACGGGCUCAGGGGAGGGCCGUCCUCCGGGACUGCGUGUCCUCAGUGUGCUGUGCACCCCGAUCCUGUGCAGGUACCCCCUGUACCAGCUGGGCGGCCCGCAGCUCCGUGUGUUCCGAACCAAUUUCUUCAUCCAGCUGGUGCGGCCCGGCACGGUUCAGCCCGAGGACACGGUGCAGUUCCGGAUCCCCAUGGAAAUGACCAGGCUGGACCUCCGGAAUUACCUUGAGCGUAUUUACAAUGUGCCUGUGGCUGCCGUGCGGACACGCGUGCAGCACGGCAGCAACAGGAAGCGUGAUCACAGGAACGUGCGGAUCAAGAAGCCCGACUACAAGGUUGCCUACGUGCAGCUGGCCCAUGGACAGACUUUCACGUUCCCAGACCUGUUUCCUGAGAAGGACCCCAGCCCCGAGGGCUCCCUGGAGAAGACGCAGAGCCAGCUCCUGGAGAGCGGGCCGCAGAGGCCGAGAAGUGACCCCCGGCGUGCUGACAUCCCCGACUGGUUUGGCCUGUGAUACCACAGCCACCGCCCAGUAGGUCGACACCUCAAUAAAGGCCCUGCUGUAUGGGGAGGCUA